GGUCCCUCACUCCUCAGGGGGCUGUGUCCUCACUGGGAGUCGCCAGAAUCACACAGAUGGAAACAGCAAGCCCCUUUAUCCUCCACUUGGCCCAACCCAGGCUAGGAAGCUGAUGAUGGUAUGGAGCACAGCCUGCCCGAAUUUCCAAAGUGGAGCCCUCAGACCCUGCUAAUGGCGCCAAAUAGUUUUGAAAGGCGGACAAGCCCACUGAUGUCCCACAGUUUGGAAGUAGAUACUCGGUCACUGCUUGAACGAGGGAAGGUGGAACUAGGCGCAGCCUGACCCUGGACUCCCGCCACCACCAGCAGCCCCCCGGGGCGACCGAGCCCUGCUUCCGGCUAAGCCUGUGUUCCACUGCCCCCGAGAGGCCGCAGAGUGUUUGGGCCUGACCAGGGCCCCUACCCGGAACCUGUCGCCCGGUCGCCAACUACAGAACACUCGGAACAGCGGCCCGAGGGGAACCCAGUGUGGGCCAACCGCGACCCGGAAGGCAUCCAGGUCCGUGCGCCCGCGCCAGCUCGUCGCUCCCAGAUACGUCAUAUCCGCUCGGAAGCGGCCCCGGUCGCCAGAGCUGGACCAAGGCCUCCAGGCAGUUUCCUUGGGGAGAGAGGACCUGCUGUCUGCCCCAGGACCCCCACCUCACCACUGUCAGCAGGAAGAGCUCUGCCAUCAAAGAACACAGCACAGGGCCAGGCCCGGCCUAUGGACCCUUCUCCAGACAACCCGACGGCACCAGUGGGGCUGCUCUCCUAAGCCACAGAGGGCCUGGGCACACGGUCCUCUGGGAGGAGCCAUGGUGUUUAGGAGGGACAGGGGCAACUCCCAGUGGUGGCCUGGACGGGGAGGGGGGGGAGGUUGCCCUGGCCCCCUAGGCAUGUUCAGGGCUUUCUUGCUACUUGUCAGCCUGCCUUUGGGAGCCCAGGGAAUAGCCAGUGCCAACCUCAGCACAGCUCUGGGCCAUACUGUGCCACGGACAGGGGGCCAGUACUUGAGCAUUGGGGAUGGCUCUGUGAUGGAGUUUGAGUUCCCAGAGGAGAGCGAGGGCAUCAUUGUGAUCUCGAGCCAGUACCCAGGCCAGGGCAACAGGACAGGGCCUGGCCCCAUGCUGAGGGUCACCUCCUUGGACACAGAGGUGCUGACCAUCAAGAAUGUGAGUGCCAUAACCUGGGGCGGUGGGGGCGGCUUUGUGGUGAGCAUCCACUCGGGCCUGCCUGGGCUGGCCCCACUCCACAUCCAGCUCAUGGACCCCCACGAGGCCCCACCCAUGCUAAUUGAGGAACGGAGAGAUUUCUGCAUCAAGGUCUCACCUGCUGAAGACACCCCCACCACCCUUGGCACCGACUUGGUCCACUUCUCAGAGAACCCAAUACUCUACUUGCUCCUGCCUCUUAUCUUUGUCAACAAGUGUUCAUUUGGGUGCAAAGUAGAACUCGAGGUUCUGAAGGGGCUCCUGCAGAGCCCCCAGCCCAUGCUGCUGGGCCUCCUAGGCCAGUUCCUGGUCAUGCCCUUCUAUGCUUUCCUGAUGGCCAAGGUCUUCAUGCUGCCCAAGGCCCUGGCUCUAGGCCUCAUCAUCACCUGCUCGGCGCCCGGCGGCGGGGGGAGCUACCUCUUCAGCCUCCUCCUUGGAGGGGACGUCACCCUGGCCAUUUCCAUGACUUUCAUCUCAACAGUGGCUGCCACCGGUUUCCUGCCAUUGUCCUCAGCCAUCUACAGCCGCCUGCUCAGCAUCCAUGAAACACUCCACGUGCCCAUCUCCAAGAUCCUGGGGACCCUGCUGUUCAUCGCCAUCCCCAUAGCAGCAGGCGUGGUGAUCAAGUCCAAGCUCCCCAAGUUCUCCCAGUUGCUGCUGCAGGUCAUCAAGCCCUUCAGCUUUGUGCUUCUCCUGGGUGGCCUCUUCCUGGCCUACCGCAUGGGGGUCUUCAUCCUGGCAGGCGUCAGGCUGCCCAUCGUGCUGGUGGGCCUCACAGUGCCCCUGGUUGGCCUCCUGGUGGGCUACUGCCUGGCCACAUGCCUGAAGCUGCCAGUGGCCCAGCGGCGGACGGUCAGCAUUGAGGUAGGGGUACAGAACAGCCUGCUGGCCUUGGCCAUGCUGCAACUGUCCCUCCGUCGCCUUCAAGCAGACUACGCCUCCCAGGCCCCCUUCAUUGUAGCACUAAGCGGCACCUCAGAAAUGCUGGCCUUGGUCAUUGGCCACUUCAUCUAUAGCAGCCUGUGCCCAGUCCCCUGAGGCCCCUGGGUCAAGCUUUCACCACCCUUCGCCCCCACCCUCCACCCACUGUACCCACAGUUCUUGUGUACCAAAGGCCUUCAGCUCUCAUGCACUAUGCACUCAGAAAAAAAAUCCAGGCUUAUUUUUUUUACUGGUUUUUUAUUCUCCAGCUUUCAGUGCCAAAGAGGCCAUGCUGAGUUAGGUAGGUGGGCACUGCUCAGAAAAUAUAUUUCAAUAAAAGAGAGAAGCAAG